AUGCAUCGCGAUACACCCCGAGUGGUCAUAGUUGGUGCCGGCAUUGCCGGAAUCACCAUGGCUGUGAACUUGAGAAACAAAUUGCGCCACGAUAACUUCGUAAUUUAUGAGAAAGCAGGAUCCAUCGGUGGGACGGUUGUGGGUCUGAUGUUCCCGGGCACUGGUACUUGCCUUUCGACGGAACCAAACCCAUACUGGGAGAACUACUACAUUACGCAGCCCGAGAUACGCGCAUACUGGGAGAAAAUAUAUCGAAAACACGACCUGGCUUCCCACACAGUAUUCAAUACCCGCGUUACGCUUGUUGAAUGGGACGAAGAAAACGGCGUGCAUAACCUGACACUAGAAGAUGUAAUGUCUGGUCAGACUAUACAAACCCAAGCGGAAACUGUCAUCCAGGCUGUCGGCUUUUUCACAACGCCGAUGUAUCCCGAUAUCCCUGGAAAAGAGAAAUUUACAGGACCACUCUGGCAUUCUUCUCAAUGGAGGCAUGAUGUAGAUCUGAAAGGCAUGACGGUCGGCGUCGUCGGCAAUGGGUGCUCUGCAACUCAGUUCAUACCGGCUAUUGCUGCCGAACCUACUACUCGGGUCAUCAACUUUUGUCGCACCCCACAAUGGAUCGGAAUGAGGUCGAAUUAUCACUACCCAGAGUGGGCCAAGUGGGCAUUUGCCCAUGUUCCGUUUCUCUUGCACGCAUAUAGAAGCUUUAUGAUGAUAACGGUCCUGACAUGGUACAUGCGACGAACCGCGCCAGCGAAAUACCACGAUAACCUGAUUCCCACCUACCCUCCUGGAUGCAAACGCUUGGUCCUUGAUUCUAACUACCUAGCCGCUUUGCACCAACCCAACGUUGAUCUGAACUGGACCGGAAUCCAGGAAAUCGUCGAGGAUGGCAUUGUUCUCAAGACUGGUAAUAAAGUACCACUGGACGCAAUCAUCUUUGGCACCGGCUUUUACCUGGCCAAACGAGAUGUAGUUUUCCGUGGAAUCGGUGGCCAUACUUUGAAGCAUUACUUUGAAUCAGAAGGUGGCUAUUACGGGACAGUUUUCCCUGGGUUUCCAAACCUAUUCACAAUCGUGGGGCCCAACAGUGCCUCGGCUCAUGCUUCCCUUAUUUUCAUCAUUGAGACUCAGGUCAACUAUAUUAUGAAGCUGAUGAAGCCUAUCAUCAAUGGUAAGGCAAAAUCACUCGAAGUCACCCAAAAGGCUACAACCUACUACAACACCUGGAUUCAAAGGCGUAUGGCGAGCACGAUAUUCUUGUCCUGUUUUUCAUACUAUCGAGGUGACAAUCGGACGGGCGCCAAAAAUGUGGCCACGUUCCCUGGUAUGAUCUCACUCUACUGGUGGAUCACGCGAAAGCCACGCUGGGAUGAUUUCAAGGUGGUGGGUGGAGAGCAGUGGUUUUACCAGCGAAGGAAAGUGGCAUUGAUGAACUAUGCACUCGUUGGUUUGAUGGUUUCCGUCGUUGGUUACAAUUUCUCUAUGCUAUGGAAGCUUGUCCCCGGACGCUGGUGA